UUUGUUUUUAUUUUAUAUUUUGACUUUUUAUAAUCAAUAUUUAGUUUAAUAUUAUAAAAUCGAAUUAGUUUAUCCUGGAUUUUCAUUUUAUUGCAUUUUUAAGAAGCAUUGUUGGAUUAUAUGAUGAAUAAAACUAUGAAACAAUAAAUUCCCGUUAUCCAGUUGUCUCGCAUUCCACGUCAAGUGUUUAUAUUUCUAUAAUUUUGUAAAAUGCGCCGCGCAAAAGGAUACCAAGACCUAGAUGACAGCGCUGUGGUGGUCCCUAGGGCUCCUGCGCCGCCUAUGCCUCCACCGCAAGAGAUAGAAAUGGCUUCAGUUACAGUAGUUCCUGAUGACACAUUUACAGUGACACAAGCAGUAAAUGCUCUUGGAUUUGGAUGGUUUCAAGUGAAACUGUCUCUAUGCACUGGCCUAUGUUGGAUGGCAGAUUCUAUGGAGAUGACAAUCCUGAGCAUAUUAUCACCAGCUCUACACUGUGAAUGGAAUAUCAGCAAAUAUCAACAAGCUUUAACCACAACAGUUGUUUUUAUGGGGAUGAUGUUAAGUUCAACAUUCUGGGGAAAUAUUAGUGAUAGAUAUGGAAGAAAAACUGCACUGAGCAUGUGCGGAGUUUUACUAUUCUACUAUGGAUUAUUGAGUGCCAUAGCUCCAAAUUUUCUGUGGCUGUUAUUUCUACGUGGACUUGUAGGCUUUGCAAUAGGCUGUGUUCCACAAUCAGUUACUUUGUAUGCUGAAUUUUUGCCUACUAAACAGAGAGCUAAAUGUGUUGUUCUUCUAGAUUGCUUUUGGGCGUUAGGAGCGUGUUUGGAAGUGGCGCUGGCGCUGGUCGUGAUGCCGACUCUGGGUGUUCACUGGCUCCUCGCAUUAUCCACGAUACCGCUGCUGAUAUUUGCUUUGAUAUGUCCGUGGCUACCGGAAUCUGCGAGGUUCCAUGUCGCAAGUGGACAACCAGAUAAAGCUUUGUCUACAUUAGAACAGAUCGCUCAAGACAAUGGACGUCCUAUGUUGCUGGGCCGACUUGUAUGCGACGACUCUGUCGGUAUCGGUCAGCGCGGCCGAUUAAAACACCUCCUCAUACCACACCUCAGGAAUACUAGUCUACUACUGUGGUUUAUUUGGAUGUCCUGUGCGUUUUGUUACUACGGCCUGGUGUUGAUGACGACGGAACUGUUCGAGAGCGAAGCAGGCGGUGCGACCGAGGCGGGCGAGUGCGCGGCUGACUGUCGGCCACUACAUACCACCGACUAUAUGGAUCUCCUGUGGACAACCCUCGCUGAGUUCCCCGGAAUAUUUGCCACCAUAUUUGUAAUCGAAAAGUUUGGACGAAAAAAAACAAUGGCGUGUCAGUUUAUUAUAUUCGCCAUGUGCGUUUGCGUCCUCAUAUAUAACGGAAAUCGGACAUUCCUCACUUGCAUCCUAUUCUUGGCGCGAGGCAUCAUCGCCGGACUGUUCCAGGCCGCUUAUGUUUAUACGCCAGAGGUGUACCCCACGGCACUGAGAUCGACAGCUGUGGGUGCGUGUAGCGGUGUCGCCAGGCUUGGUGCUAUGAUAACACCUUACGUUGCCCAAGUUUUGCUGAAAAAUUCUAUAGCUAUAGCGACGGGUGUAUACUCUUUAGCAGCGGUCCUCGCAGCUGUCGCCUGUUUGGCAUUGCCCAUUGAAACAAAAGGGAGAGAGAUGCGGGAUUCAGUUACGGCGACAAAUUAAUGGGACCUUAGAAAAUGUAGGUGUAUAUGUAUCCAAAAAAAAUAUUUCGUAUGAGUGAGAAACAGACUUGCUACUUAUUACGUUCUUGAUAUAAUUUUGUAAUACAGAUAAUAAUUAUAUUAUUUAUAAUACUUACAUUUGUUAGUAUAGGCUAAAAAUAUUGAUUAAAAAAACAGCACGACUGUUUAUAUAAUGACACUUAUUUAAAAUUAAUAAUAAUUACAAUUUUAAAUAAUCGUUAUUGUAAUCAGUAUUUGCUUGUUGCUCUUUCCAUUAUU